AUGUUCAAACUACCCCCCGAGAUCCUACAUCUCGUGUGUCAGCACUGCGACACGCGUGAUGUUCGCACACUACGACAGGUCUCGUCAGAGAUCAAAGUCAUUGCGGACGAGUACAUGCUGAAAUCAUUGCGAUUGUCCUUCGACCGUCAAGAAUUUUCUGAGCUUGCGGUGUUCAUCAGUAACAACCCGAAUGCUGCAAAGCAGAUCUCGAAGAUCCAUUUCCAAGCCGAUCGGUUACCUAUCGUCUCCUGUCAAGAAGAAUGGGAACGAUGCAGAUUGAAGACGAUCUGCGAUGAAGCCAUCCUGCGCGGCGAACUACAGAGCGCAGAACACAGCUCUCAUGACGAACCUGAUAGCGACAUGGAACGAACGCAUCGAGGCUUCCAAGUAUUCGAAAUCAUGCAGCGCGAAACAUCGAAAUAUAACCAAGAAGAGGUGAAUCAAGCGUGGACAUCUUUCCAAGACGUGAUGCAAGAUCAGCAGUCCAUGGAUCGUGAGAGUGAAGUCUAUCACUGCAUGGCCGACCUCUUCAAGAACUGCCGACGUCUCGAUACUAUCACUCUCACCCUCAAAGAUCGCACGCAGAGCGAGCCCUUUCGAUGGCGACGACAGGAAUCCUAUGCACGCGGAAUGGUACGACCUUGGGGAGAUGAUGGUAGUUGGAGUCCGAACACGAGAGUCCUCGAUCAGAUUCUCCUCGCUGCUUACACGACUGGUACAAAAUUACGAGAGCUGAACGUGAUGCCGAUAUCCUAUCAGUUUUUUGGACAAAAAGGAGCGUUGAUAGAGAAGUUAUGCGAGCCGAUUAAGGACUUAAGGAAGAUCCAGAUCCAAAUCAAUGAUAAUUUUGGGAUUGACCGGGAAGUAGAAUUGGAAGAUGGAAUGCUAAGGUCUGCGGAGGCGAGGUGUCAUCCAUUCGCACACCCACGUCAUUUUGGUUCGACGUUAAGACCUUUUCAACUUCCUGUUACGGCGGCGAUGGAGGCUACGAGGGUUAUUGAUGCCUUGAAUGAUGGGAGAGUUUAUGAGUUUCUUGGAAGAGCACAGGGGUUGGAGGAGUUGGUGUUUCAUGGUCCGGACACGGGUAUUGGAUUUGCGAAGAUGGAUCUCAAGGCUAUUGUGGGGGAAUGUCCUUGGAAGGAGCUGAGUCGAGCUCUAUCAACAAUAACGACUCCCAAAGUUCUCCUGACAGGUGCCACAGGCUACCUAGGCGGCACCCUUCUCGCCCACCUAGUUGCCUCUGAACACCCAGCCUUGAAAGACAUAACAUACACCUGCAUCAUUCGAGGCGAGGCUCGUAUUCCCAAGCUGAAGGCAGCCUACGGCGACCGUGUCAAAAUCGAAGUCGUUGACAGUCUCGAUGACAUCGGGCGCACCGCAGACAUCGCCUCGCAGCACCACAUCGUCAUCAAUGCCGCCAUUUCCUUCCACGUUGAGAGUGCCCUCGCCUUAAUCCGCGGUCUCUCUCGACGACAAGAACAAGAAGACAACAAAAAAGUUCUUAUGCUCCACACCUCCGGGACCUCAAACCUCGCCGACCGCCCCAUCACAAACCCAAGCUCGAGCCCACCUCGCGAAUUCGACGACACCCAAGAUGACAUUUAUACCUUCCUCCAAAAGGAAGAGUCUGGCAUUCCUUACCCCCAACGAACAACUGAACUCGCCGUACUAGACGCCGCCGCAAAUCAUCCCAAAAUGGUAGCACUCAGCAUCAUGCCUCCAACCAUUUUCGGCACUGGUACAGGAAUCUUCAAUACACGAAGUGUACAGGUCCCAGCGUACGUGAAUGGCGCGCUGAAACACGGCAAAGUUGUCAUGGUCGGUACGGGCGGUGCGCAGCUAGAUCAUGUACAUGUCGAAGAUCUUGCGGAGUUGUAUGCGCUCGUUUUGGUGGAGUUCAUUGAGGACGGUGGGGAGAAAUUGCCGAGGGGCAGAGAAGCGAUUAUUUUUGCAGAGAAUGGGAGACAUUCGUGGGGAGAGGCUGCGCAGGGAAUUGCGGAUACUGGGUUUGAGAUGGGAGUGCUGGGGAGUAGAGAGGUUGAGUCUGUGACGCUGGCGGAAGGGGCAAAAUUGUUUGCUGGAGGAUUGAUUCCCGAGGGGAAUGAGGAGUUGAUUUGA